CUCGCCCAGUUUUCUCCAUUCCUGAUGCCUUGCUCUUUUCCGGUAGAUAACCGCUGCGUGCUGUCCCGGGCGAAGAGCUGCACCGAGUGCAUCCGAGUGGACAAGGACUGCUCCUUCUGCACCGAUGAGAGCUUUGAAGAGGCUCGUUGCGACUUGCGGGAGAACUUGCUGCGGUACGGCUGCGGGGAGGCCAGCAUCGUGUACACCAGGGGCGAGAUGCGGACCCAGCAGAACUUCAGUAUCAACAGGUCCCUGCAGAGGACCCAGGUGUCCCCCCAAGGCAUGCUCAUGCUGCUGCGAGCUGGGGAGGAGAUGAGCUUCAACAUAGAUGUCUUCCAGCCCUUGGAGAGCCCUGUGGAUCUCUACAUCCUCAUGGACUUCUCCUACUCUAUGUCUGAUGAUCUGGACAACCUCAAAAGCAUGGGCCAAAACCUAGCGGAGUUCCUGCAAGCCCUGACCUCCAAUUACACCAUCGGAUUCGGCAAGUUUGUGGACAAAGUCUCAUCCCCUCAGACAGACAUGAGACCCGAGAAGCUGCGCGAGCCCUGGAACAAUGCUGACUCCCCCUUCUCCUUCAAGAACGUCAUCCGCCUGACCAGCAACAUCAACUACUUCAGCCAGGAGCUCAGGAAAGAGCGCAUCUCCGGCAACCUGGAUGCCCCUGAGGGUGGCUUUGAUGCCAUUCUGCAGACGGCUGUUUGCAAGGAUAAGAUCGGCUGGAGGAAGGACAGCACUCACUUGCUCGUGUUCUCCACUGAAUCUGCCUUUCACUAUGAAGCUGAUGGUACCAACGUCCUGGCAGGGAUCCUGGCGAGAAAUGAUGAGCAGUGUCACCUAGACACCAGUGGCACCUAUGUAUAUGACACCAAACAGGACUAUCCUUCGGUGCCCACGCUGGUGCGCCUGUUGGGCCAACACAACAUCAUCCCCAUCUUUGCUGUCACCAACCACUCCUACAGCUACUAUAAGAAGCUGCAGGAGUAUUUCCCCAUCUCUGGGAUCGGGGUGCUCCAGGAGGACUCUUCCAACAUCGUGGAGCUGCUCCGCACAGCCUUUGAGCACAUCCGCUCCAAGAUGGACAUCCGGGCUGACUUUGUCCCCAAAGCCAUGAAGACAGAGUUCACCUCCUUGAUGUAUGAAAAGACAGAAUCUGGCUCCUUCCACAUCACCCGUGGGGAAGUGGGCAAGUUCAACAUGCGCGUGAAGGCGCUUGAGUACGUUGGCGGGCAGCACGUCUGCAGCCUCCCUGAGAAAGACCGUAAGGGAAUUAUCCACGUGAAACCCACCUCCCUGAGUGACAGCCUCAGAGUCACAGCCUCUGUCAUCUGUGACGUGUGUCCCUGUGAACAGCAACGAGAAUUUAGCUCGCCCAAGUGCAGCUUCCAUGGGGACUUUGUUUGUGGACAAUGCAACUGCCACCAGGGCUGGCGAGGGGACACGUGUGACUGCUCCCCGGCAUCGUCCCCCAACAACAAAGCCUGCAUCCGCCCUGGGGAUGUGGAGCCGUGCUCGGGCCGGGGAGAGUGCCUGUGCGGGAAGUGCCAGUGCUACUCCGAGGACCUGAUGCAGCGCUUCAAUGGGGAGUUUUGCGAGUACGACGUCCUGCAGUGCCCGCGCACCUCCGGCUUCCUCUGCAACGAUCGUGGUCGUUGCUCCAAAGGCGCGUGCGUGUGCGAGAGCGGCUGGGGGGGGCCGGGCUGUGGAUGUCCCAAGUAACGAACAAGUAACGACACCUGCAUCGACAGCCGAGGGGGCGUUUGCAAUAACCAUGGGAGGUGCGAAUGCGGCAGGUGCAUCUGUGACAAGGCUUCGCUGUACACCAGCUCGACAUGUGAAAUCAGCUACUCCCUGGGCUUCCAGGCUGUAUGCGAGAGCAUCCGGGACUGCGUUCGCUGCCAGGCCUGGGGAACGGGCAACAAGAAGGGGAACUGCAGCACAUGCCACCUCCAGAUCCAGAUGGUGGAAGAGCUGAAGAAAGAAGAGGCCAGCGAGCACUGCUCAUUCCAGGAUGAGGAAGAUGAUUGCACGUACCACUACACCCUGGAGGGAGACCCCACCGUCCUCCCCAACACCACCGUCCAUGUGCAGAAGAAAAAAGAGUGCCCACCGGGGAGCUUCCUCUGGCUCAUCCCACUGCUCAUCUUCCUUAUCCUGCUCCUGGGGCUGCUCCUGCUGCUCUGCUGGAAGUUCUGCGCCUGCUGCAAGGCUUGCCUGGCCCUGCUUCCCUGCUGUGCACGAGGUCGCACCGUUGGCUUCAAGGAGGACCACUACAUGAUUCGCCACAGCCUCAUGUCCUCCGACCACCUGGACACCCCCAUGGUUCGCACUGGGUCCCUUAAGGGUCGGGACACAGUCCGCUGGAAGAUCAACAACAAUGUUCACAAGCAGGGCUUCACCCCCCUCGCUGCUGCCAACCUCAAAGAUCUCAUUCCCUAUGGGCUGUCUCUGAGGCUGACCCGGCUUUUUACGCAGAACCUGGUGAAGCCGGACGCCCGGGAGUUCGAGCAGCUGCGCAAGGAAGUGGAGGAGAACCUGAACGACGUCUUCAAGCACAUCCCUGGCUGCCACAAGCUCCAGCAGACCAAGUUCAGGUUACAGCCCAAUUCUGGGAAAAGGCAGGACCACACCAUUGUGGACACAGUGCUCACUGCCCCUCGCUCAGCCAAGACAGAGAUCAUCAAAGUGGUGGAAAAGCACGUUUCCCAUGAGGCUUUCAAUGACCUGAAGGUUUCACCGGGUUAUUACACUGUGACCUCAGACCAAGAUGCUCAUGGGAUGGUGGAGUUCCAGGAGGCCGUGGAGCUGGUGGAUGUCCGUGUCCCACUCUUCAUCAGGGAGGAUGAUGAUGAUGAGAAGCAGCUGCAGGUGGAGGCCAUUGAUGUCCCCACUGGCAUCGCAGAGAUUGGACGCAGGCUUGUCAACAUCACCAUCAUCAAAGAACAAGCCAGCAGCCUCAUCACCUUCUUGCAGCCAGCCUAUUCCCACAGCCGCUUCGAUAAGAUGGCCAAGAUCCCUGUCGUCCGGGACAUCAUAGAAAAUGGGAAAUCCCAAGUCACCUACAGGACCCGGGAUGUCACCGCCAAGAAUGGCAGGGACUACGUCUUGACAGAGGGUGACCUGGUCUUCCAGCCUGGGGAGACCCAAAAGGAGGUGCAGGUCCCCUUGCUGGAGCUGACUGAAAUAGAUACCCUCCUGAACAACUGCCAGCUCAAGCAGUUCAUCAUCGAGCUCCUCCAUCCCAAGUACGGCGCCAAGAUUGGCCGAUACCCCCAGACCAUGGUGACUAUUGCUGACCCAGAGGUGGUGGAUGGUGUCCCCUCGAUGACUGGCAUGAGCCAGGUCUCCCAGUCCCCCAAAGGCCGCCUGACUGCACCACUCAAUCCCAGUGCCCACGCUCUCAGCUCCAGGGAAAUCCGCUUCACCUGGUUUCCUCCACCGGGAAAACCUCUGGGGUACAAGGUGAAAUACUGGAUCCAAGGGGACCCCGAGUCAGAAGCCCAUCUCAUCGAUGUCAAAGCACCAUCAGCAGAGCUGAGUAACCUCUACCCUUUCUGCGACUACGAGAUGCAAGUCUGUGCCUACAACGCCAUGGGUGAAGGGGCUUACUCUGACAUCAUCCACUGCCGCACGCUUGAGGAUGUCCCCAGCGAGCCCGGCCGCUUGGCUUUCAAUGUCGUGUCUUCCACCGUAACGCAGCUGAGCUGGGCUGAGCCUGCAGAAACCAAUGGGGAGAUCACGGCUUACGAAGUCAGUUAUGGACUCGUCAAUGAGGACAAUGUACCCAUUGGCCCAAUGAAGAAGGUGCUGGUUGAAGACCCGAAGAAGCGCAUGGUGCUGAUAGAAAACCUGCGGGAGUCCCAGCCCUAUCGCUACAUGGUCAAGGCCAGAAACGGUGCUGGCUGGGGACCUGACAGAGAAGCCACCAUCAACCUUGCUACGCAGCCCAAGCGCCCGAUGUCCAUCCCCAUCAUCCCUGAUGUCCCCAUCAUUGAUGCAGAGGGAGGUGAGGACUACGACAGCUACCUGAUGUACAGCACAGAUGUGCUUCGCUCUCCAGUUGGCAGCAAGCAUCCCAGUGUCUCUGAUGAUUCAGAGCACUUGCUGAACGGCCGGGUGGACUUCUCCUUCCCCAGCAGUGGCAGUGGCACGCUGACCAGGACAACAAACACCAGCUACCACCAGCUGAGCUCUCACGUGCAGCAGGAGCACAGGGUGAUGGGGAGCUCCUCACUGACAAGAGACUGCUCCACAAUGCUGAUGGGGCACGACUCUAGGCUGCCGCUGGGCAUCCCCGACACCCCCACGCGCCUGGUGUUCUCUGCCCUGGGACCCACCUCCCUGAAGGUGAGCUGGCAGGAGCCACACUGCGAGAAGGAGGUGCAGGGAUACAGUGUGCAGUACCAACUCCUCAACGGAGGAGAGGUGCACCGACUCACCAUCCCCAACCCCAGCCAGAACUCGGUGGUGGUAGAGGACCUGCUGCCCAACCACUCCUACAUCUUCAAGGUGAAGGCGCAGAGUGAGGAAGGCUGGGGCCCCGAGAGGGAAGGAGUCAUCACCAUAGAGUCCCAGGUGGACCCGCAGAGCCCGCUCAGUCCUGUACCAGGUUCACCCUUCACGCUGAGCACACCCAGUGCUCCCGGACCGUUGGUUUUCACUGCCCUCACCCCUGACUCCCUGCAGCUCAGCUGGGAGAGACCCCGCAAGCCCAAUGGAUCCAUCUUGGGCUACAUGAUCACCUGUGAGAUGCUGCAUGGAGGAGGGGAGCCCAGGAAUAUCUACGUCGAAGGAGACAAUCUGGAAACUACCCUGACUGUGCCCCACCUGAGUGAGAAUGUCCCAUACAAGUUCAAAGUGCAAGCCAAGACCACCCAAGGCUUUGGGCCAGAGAGAGAAGGCAUCAUCACCAUUGAAUCUCAGGAUGGAGGCACUUUCUCCCAGUUUGGAGGACAGCAGUACAUGAGAGAAGAAGUGUACAACUUCCCCACUGAAUACACCACCAAAACCAGCAUCAGCCAUUCCUCUCUGGAUCCUCACUUCACAGAUGGCAUGCUCGUGACAACCCAGCGAGUGGAGAGCGCCAGCAGCACCCUCACCAAACAGGUCACCAAAGAGUUUGUGAGCCGGACCGUGAUGUCCAGUGGGACCCUCACCAAACAGAUGGAGAGGCAGUUCUACGAGGCCUGA